UCCAUUUUGUUCGCAGACGCUGGGGACGGUGGGAGCAGAUCCAUUUCCGGGUUGGCAAAAGGGGCGGCGGCGGCGAGAAAGAGCUUGCCGGGCGGGGGUCGAGCAGGACGGGACAAAGCUGGAGCGGAGGUGGUGGAGGAUUUGCUCUUGGAGCCGCUGUGGCCAGUCUCUGGUGGACAUCUUGUCUGUGUCACAGUUUGAUACCACCAAACUGAAAGGAUUCUUGACUGCUUCUGAUGAGGGGAUAAUUAGUUGAAGAUAACAGUGUCUCCGAUAGGUCUUGGGAUGGAUUAUGAAGAUCAUUUCUUUCGCUCUAUGACAUUGGUUCUUGUAACAUUGGAGACCCCAAGACAGAUCCUCUCGUUGGUGGCCCUGGAUUCGGCUUUCUCCUGCCAUCAUUAGUCCAGCGUAUUCUGUUCCUGAUAUGCAGGCCAUACAUCUUAAUGUGACGCAUGGUUCUUGUUGGAUGUACAAAUGAAUUAGUAGCCGAAUCUCCAUUAUAAAGCAUGGAAGCAUUUUUACCCGCAGGUAUAUGAGUGACCUAAAGCUGCAAAUUAAAACAGAGAGAGAGCAGUGCCAACUGCGAGCAGGGAAAGGAUGCCAAUUCCUCCUCCCCCUCCGCCCCCUCCUGGUCCUCCUCCACCUCCCACUUUUAAUCAGGCAAAUACCGAGCAGCCCAAGCUGAGCAGAGAUGAGCAGCGGGGGCGAGGUGCCCUCUUGCAGGACAUCUGCAAAGGGACCAAGCUGAAGAAGGUGACCAACGUUAAUGAUCGGAGUGCUCCCAUCCUCGAGAAACCCAAGGGAAGCGGUGGUGGAUGUGGCCCUGGAGCAGGCGCCCUGCAGCCCAAGGGAGGUCUCUUUCAGGGAGGAGUGCCGAAGCUCCGACCUGUGGGAGCCAAGGACGUCUCAGAAAACCUAGCUUGUAAGCCAGCCCUGCAAGUCCCCAGUUCUCGAGCUGCUGCUCCAAGGCCUCCAGUGUCUACAGCCAGUGGGCGCCCUCAAGAUGAUACAGACAGCAGCCGAGCCUCACUCCCAGAAUUGCCCCGGAUGCAGAGACCUUCAUUACCGGACCUCUCUCGGCCUCAUACCACCAGCAGUACGGGCAUGAAGCACAGCUCCUCUGCCCCUCCUCCGCCACCACCAGGGCGGCGUGCCAAUGCACCCCCUACGUCUCUGCCUAUGCACAGCAACAAAGCCCCAGCCUACAACAGAGAGAAACCCUUGCCACCCACACCUGGACAAAGGCUACACCCUGGUCGGGAGGGACCUCCUGCUCCACCCCCCGUCAAACCACCUCCUUCUCCUGUGACUGUCAGAAUGGGACCAAGUGGCCAGUCUCUGGCUCCUCCUCCUCCGCCUUACCGCCAGCCUCCAGGGGUCCCCAAUGGACCCUCCAGUCCCACGAAUGAGUCAGCUCCUGAGCUGCCACAGAGACACAAUUCUUUGCAUAGGAAGACACCAGGGCCUGUCAGAGGCCUAGCACCUCCUCCACCCACUUCAGCCUCCCCUUCUUUACAGAGUAAUAGGCCGCCUCCCCCAGCCCGAGACCCUCCCAGUCGGGGAGCAGCCCCUCCACCUCCACCACCCAUGAUCCGAAAUGGUGCCAGGGAUGCUCCCCCUCCACCACCACCACCAUACCGACAUGGGUCAGAACCUCUGAGCCGAGGAAAGCCCCCACCUCCGCCCUCCAGGACGCCAGCUGGGCCACCACCUCCUCCUCCGCCACCUUUGAGGAAUGGCCACAGAGAUUCUAUUACCACUGUCCGAUCUUUCUUGGAUGAUUUUGAGUCAAAGUAUUCUUUCCAUCCAGUAGAAGACUUUCCUGCUCCAGAAGAAUAUAAACACUUUCAGAGAGUAUAUCCCAGCAAAACAAACCGAGCUGCCCGUGGAGCCCCACCUCUGCCACCCAUUCUCAGGUGAAGCCUGGCUUGGUCCUGUUCCUCAGGAAAAGGAUGGACCCUCUCCUCUUCUCAGAUGGUCCCUUCCAUUCCCCGGAAACCUGCAUGAGAACUCCUGAUGUGUUUCUCCAGUGCAGCCAACCUCUAGACUCCAAGCGUCCUCCCAGCUCACCUCCAUCUACGCGUCUUGUCUUCUGGACUUGGUGAUUGGACUCUCCGUAUUGACAGUAGGGUCUCAAACCCUGCAUCCAUCCCUCCUCUAGCAAUCCCUGCUAGCCAGAUGAGGAAAAGCUUCCAUGUCGCCUGCUUUCCUCGUGGGGAAAGGUGCCUUGUUGUGAUGAACUAACUCAUUAUCGGGGCAGGGUGGGGAAGAGUGCUCCUCUCUCCUGCCCACUUUGGGGGAAGCUCGGCGGGUAUAUUUCACCAUUUCGGAAGCUGACAUGGCCAGGACUUAAGCAGGCCGAGGAGGUGGGGAGGGGGCAUUUUUUAGUGAAACAAGAAAGGAGUUUGCAGAGAAGUGAUCUGUUUUAAAGGUCAAGUUUGGAGAAAGGGCAAGAGAAUGGGUCUGUUUUAUUUUUAGGGGUAUUUUGGUUUUGUUCUUACCCCACUCCAUACCCUCACUCAAGGGAUAAGUUGGAUAUAAACACUAAAUACUAAUCGGUUGAACUAAACAUCUAAUAAAAAGAGAGGGUAGAAUAAACCGGGAGCCCUUUAGUGCUAGUCAUUUCCUCUGCAGCAAAGGGACCAGGAGCCAUGUGGGUCCCCAGGGACUCCCCGCCCCAUUCCUCAGGGUGCUGAGGCUGGGGGAUGUGUUUCCUCCCCCCACCACUCAGACCCUGAGGAGAAAAGUCACUUUUGUUCAUUCCAGAUAGGAAGAUAGGGCCAGGGUCUUGGCCUUAAUUAACCUUGACCUUGAGUCCACAUCAGUCUUUCCUGACUGGCCCCAAAAGACUCUGGCCCUUCAGUCCUGUCCAGAAACUUCAGCCCCUGUUGGGUGCUCUAUGACGACGACGAAGGGAAGGGUGAAGCUUGUGCUGGGGUUCACAGCCUGCUGGCUGAACAGCCUCUUCCUCUUCUCACCGCCCCUGCCUUUCCAAGACUUCAGGGGUUAACAGCAGAGUAGAGUAGCGUGAGGAAGUUUAUGGGUGUAGUCAAAGAUUCCUCUGUGCCAAGAAGCACAAAGACUUCGGCGAGGCGUGUCUCGGCCCAGCUGAUCUUUGGCAGCCAGCAACAGGUUGUUUGUUCAUCUUCCAGGCCCUAGUUAAAGGACGGGGAGAAAAUGGAGGUUCCCAACCCAGAGAGGAACUGAGCCUGGCUGGCAGGACAGGGGUUUCCCCUUCUCAGACGGCAGAGCAGGGCUCCUGGGCUACAUGCACAGGCGGCGUGGUUUGCCACAGCGCUGGCCACAUGCAGAGGCUACUCAAAGCUUGGAGUGAGAGCAGGGAGGCCAUGGUGCUUCCUUGAAGUGGUUGGGAAAAGUCAGUUUAAAAAUUUCACCAGAUACAUCACAGGCGUGAACUACCUUAGGGACCUCUCCAGUUUAUUGGAUCACAGAGUAAGAAUCUGCAUGGUGCUGGGUGAAACCCAAGUCUCUUCAGUUCUAGAAGAGAGGGGGCUCAGCCUGGGUUAUUUGUGUGGGGGCUGCUAUCCUCUGUCAUCCCCUGGACCACACUGACUCCUGGGACAAAAUGAGUAGGUCUGUCAUCAAACUUUUUCUAAUCAUUAUCAUUUGCAAAACUGUUAGUAGUUACCUCCCAUCAGUACCCCUGGCAUCCUGAAGUGAACGGAGCCAAGAGAGGGAGCACUGGCGGAGGGAAAAGGAGAGAGGACAAGAGUGGGUAUUGCAGCAGAGUUCCAGGGCAGAUGCUGACCAGUUAUACAACUUGGACUGUGAAGUCUUCCCAUUUGUUCUUGAAAUGGGAGUUGAUGCCUUUUGUACAGUGUUGUCAAAGUGUAUUUUUCCCCUUUCCUCAAACAUACAGCAUCAAAAUAAGUAUCACAAGUGAAAGCCAAACCCCCAGCUUUUCACUGGGGCUGUUACCUUCCCCCCAUGACCUGCUGCUGCCCCUCAUCUUCCCCAGCAUUUGGACUGUGUCACAUGGGUAUUGCGGUGUUUUUAUUUUCUUGGCCUCGUGAAAAGAGGCCUGGGUUAGAUCUAGUCAGAUGCAUUUUCUUCAGCGCAUGUGGGUGACACAGUACUUAUUUAAAUAUCUUUGCCUUAUACAUUAUUUGGUCCCUCUAUUAGGAACAGAUUUAUUAUCAUGUAUAUUUACUAUCGAAGAAUGGGAAUGUGAUCUUCAUAAUUAUUGAUCUAUUUUGUAUGUUGUAAAAAGCUUGUAAUAUAGAUUUAAGGCAGGCUGGCUGCAAGAGCACUGGAACAUUCUCAUCUUUUAAACUGUUCUUUUUAUCUGCUUCUGGGAAUGUCGACUCUGCAGCGGAAGAUUGGGUGGUCUCAUGUUGAGGCUGUUGCCCAGUCACAUUAAUCCUCUCACCCUCUCCCAGAAGGAGGAGGCAUUGCCCAGCUAAGCAUCAGGAAGCUGCGUUAAAAGCCCUUGUGUGGGUUUGGUUCUAUGAUGUUUUCUCUAGUGGGGAAAAGUUAAUACUGUAGUUGUUUCUUACCGCCCUUUCUGGGGAGCAGAGCAGUGGCCUCCAGGUUUUUAAGCCAGCUAGAUGCCCCUCUUCGACCCUUCUCUGGUCACCGAGCCUGGAUCAAAGCACUUGAUGCUCCAGGUGUGGUUGUCUCUGUCAUGGGGGUCUCCUCCCACGGCAGAGCCCCAUCGUUUUCACAGCCCAGGCCCGCAAGACAGCGUCUAUGGCUGCCCUACCUAGUGGAUGUGAAGCUGGCUGCUGUCCCCGGAAACUCAUCCCAGCCCUCCCAGCUGGCAAAGGCAAGGAGACUAGCUACUGGCCAUGGCCCUGGGGGCACCUCCUCACCCCACGGCUUUCCCACUUGAAACCCAGAUUUACCUCCAGGGAGAGAUGAGAAAAAAUUGUAAAUAGACUUGCAACAGAGCAACUCAGGUUGGGGUGUGUUUUAAUUCUCCUGAUCACUUGAAAUAAUCUGUAGGCUGAGUGCUUAGGGGAGGGGGGAGAAGUGUGACUCCAGGGUCCUCUGUGAAGCUCUGGGGGUGGAGUACAGGGCACCCGAGGCCCUCUAAUGGCACUGCACGGAGCUGUCUGUCCUUCUGGAAGCCCAACCUGCAAUCAAGAGCAAAUCAAGAUUCUUCACAUUUCAGUCGUUUCUUUCCAUAUUAUGUCUCGGUCCCCAGCUGUGUAGUCAGGGUAGCUUUCUGUAAGCCACCCUAAUUUAGGGGCUGAAAGACAUUCUAACUCGACCUUCAAGACUCAUCAAAAUGAAACAAAAUUACAGCCACCAUCGGAAUAUAUACACAAAUAAAAAAGGAUAACUGUUUGACUGAAGGAAAGGUUUGGUUCCAUUCAACUCCACGUUCAUUGUGCCUUUACUUGUGUUAGAUUUCUGUGCUUUCUUCCUCUCUCCCUCUUUGAAGCAAUUAAAAUCUUCCUUGAUAA